CCGGAGCUCUUUGGUGACGACCCCCAGUACGAAUGAUGCAGAGUAUGUCGGAUUCUCGUGGCUAUCGCCAUCCUUUCAACGAUUGUACCCAAUAUCUGGGUGGCGUCGGUGAUAACCCUCGAACUACCUGGCCAUGAGUCGCAUUUCUGCUAUUAUUCGUCGUCAAAAGGACUGGUGGUUAUUAUACUACGAAAAGACAUUUAAACGCAACUGGAUCUUGACAGCAUGUGAUCGCGAAUGGCAAAUCCCUCUGCCAUGCGGAGAGGACACCAACAUAAAAUUAUCUGAGAGACAGGCCGAAUAUGUUCUUGAAGAGCUGGAAGGGUACGCCUUACUUCGCGAUCAAGCGAACAAUUGCCAAGUGUCUUGUUUUGAGCGUAUAUGGGAAUCAGAAUCUCUUCUAGAGCCCUUGAUCGUCUCUUCUCUCGACCAUGAGCUUUGUUCUCUGGGAUGGGAUUCCAGCAAGAGGACUAUAAAACUGAUCAAUCCUUACACGUGUCCUCUUGUUUACGGUAGAUCGAUAUCCACCGACCUUCAAGGUAAUCCUACCCCCAUCUCGGCCCCUGUCGAUGCCACAUACUCUGUGUCUCGCAAAUUCGCAUUAUUACCCACAGACGUCCAGCUGACUACUUCUAACCACCUGGAACUAUCGUCUUACAUCAACGAUCUUCAUCCCCGGCACAAAUCUCUCUACCUACUCCUCAGCAAAACCCUAUCAGCCUUCAUUCCAUUAUUUGAACAUACUCUCAGCGACCUCCACCGAAAUAACCCUUUACCUCAGCGCAUACCCGGUCGGUCGUGGUACACACAAUGGAGCGAGCCGGAGCCACCGGAGUUCUCGGAUGAUGAAGAGGGCUGGGCUCUAUACGAGCUCGACAUGUGGCACUGGAUGUCUCACAGACCCAUCAAUCUACCUGAUAUUCCAAAAGAUGGUUAUCAGGGUGGUCUGGAAGAGAGGAAACACGUCGUAAGGCUCGGAGGCAGAAGACUGCAAGUAGUCAUUGGCGCUUCGGAAAUGCGGCUUAACGCUGGGCAAAGUCAUCAGGGCCAUAUUGAAGCGUGGAGAGUUGAGGGAAUGAAAAAUGAGCGAAUCGUCGCCUGUGGAUUCUUCUACACCUCCGAGGAGAACGUAGUAAACAGUUCUAUCGAGUUUCGCAUGGCUGUUACGUACCCUAGAGGCUUCAACGCUGGCGAUAAUGGCGCCACCUUUCGAACCUGGGGCAUGCGAGAUGCCGCUCCAUGCCACCAAUACAUUGGCAACGUGCCUAUCUACCAAGGAACAGCCAUAGUCUUCCCAAACAUCUACCAGUACCGACAUACACCAAUUCAACUAGCCGAUCCAAGGAAACCAGGACACAGACGUAUGAUCUCAUUCCUUCUAGUCGAUCCUGACAUCCCGCCGAUCCCGUCCACCUCAAAUGUUCCGCCACAACAAAAAGCAUGGAUCCGUGAAGCAUUGGAUAGUUUUCUUGACGUGCGUUUCCCAGAGGAAGUCGUAACGAGGAUAAUGGACCAUGUGGAUUGGCUCGUGGAUGAAGAUGAGAUGGUAAGUCUUCAGGAGGAAAUGAUGCAGGAGCGACGAGAGUUCAUUUCGAAUAAUGAUGACCAUUAUUUUUCAAUACCUUUUGAUGUAUUUAAUGGUCCCGAUAUUCUUCUAUAUCCUUAGGAAUGUUGCAUUAGCU